ACUUCUCAAGUGGACCCUUGUGAAUGUCGUGUUUUCUUCACUUAAAGUAAUUUGUUUUUGCUUGGUCAAGCAAAACUUUUCAAAUAUGUUCUACACGUCUCAUUCAUGGAGACGCUUGUAAUUUGGAAAGAUUCCACGUAUCACAAUACAUGUUCACUUCGAAGGGGGGGGGGGGAACCUUUCGAUGGUCACAAAAAGGAAUCCUUUUCGCAUGUAACAUUAAAAUGAAUUGGCUUGCCCGAGAGUCCUGUACGUUAGGAAAUAUGAUUAUUUAGCUAUAUAGCAAUAGAUUGUAUACAUUUGUUUGCAAUUGACCCUUGGCCAUAUGAAGGCUACAGGCCUUAUGUUCACAUAUAAGAGCUAAUUAUAAAUUUAAUCAGCAUUGAAAUCUGGCACUUUGUGCUCCUUUGGCUUGUGCAGACAUGCUGGCAAAGUAUGAUAAGGAAAAGCAUAAGGUGGCCGUAUGCAGUAAUAAAUAUUGACUUCUCAUCGUUCAUCCAACUUGCAAAAAAGAUUGCAUCAUCGACUGUGAAUGGGAAUAAUAUAUAAUUGGGAUGCUGGCCACCUAAUGCUGCGCUGAAGCGAAACCGCACAGGGUGAAGGAAGCAUGGUGUGGGGCGGUAGGCCGAAUGCAUCUUGGCGCUGCGAUUGUGUGAAAGGUGCGGCCUCCAGCCCCUUGCUUCCCGAUCCUAAACGUGCACGCGCCACAAAUGCGCCCCCCCCCCGCACUCCCCUCACCAUAAAACGGGGCGCACUGUCGGGCCUGGGUGCCGCAGAUCACAAAGCCCCGCAACUCUUGUUUUGUCGCCGUGCGGCAUCUCUGGGACGUGCGGUGGCAGUAGUGCUGCUUGGGAAGUUGGUUUCAGGUAUUGGCGUGGUAAAUCCGUUAAGUGCCAUGUACUUGGCUCGACCUUUACUGAGCGGCACCCACUAACGGCAGCGCGUCCCGAAGCGCGCUCUCCCUGCCCCCCCAGCAACCCCACCUUUGCGCGAAAUACAGCGAUAGGAUUACAUUGCGCUGGCUGUUUAUAGGAAUUUGAUGCUUUUCUUUCAGACAUGAAGUUAACCUGUUUUUACUGUAUUCCAUUUGUAAAACCAGGAUCAGGCUUUUUAGUGGAUUGCGCAUUGCCAGCAUGUGGAGCAGCCACACCAGCACCCCGCCUUCCAAAUUUAAAUUACCUUAAAUAGUGCUAAAAACAAUUCAGGGCCCCAACUUAUGUUAACAUUGCUUACAUAUUAAAUAGAGAAGUCUAAAACUGUUAGGGCACUAGAGAGAUUGUGAUUUUUGUUCUCUCAUUGUUGUUGCUGUUGUUGUGAACCAAUACUAACGAUUUUGUCUUUUUAUUCUUUCUCUCCGUUUGGUUAUUGAAAUGAUGUUGACAAAGGUUACUGAAGGUGAGAAAAAGCCCUGUAGGUGCCUGGCUUCGAAGCAACGAGCUCGAGGCCGGAUGUAGUGGCUCAGUCUGCCAGCAUCGCCUGUGAAAAAAGUGAAUGAUGGCUUGUUACUUAAAGGCGAUAGAAACGCAGCCAAACUUCUCCGUGGCUUGGAGCAACCUUGGAUGUGUGUUCAACAGCCAAGGAGAGAUAUGGCUUGCCAUUCAUCAUUUUGAAAAGGCUGUAAGCUUGGACCCAAAUUUCUUGGAUGCCUAUAUCAACCUUGGCAAUGUCUUGAAGGAAGCCAGAAUUUUUGACAGGGCGGUGGCCGCAUACCUGCGCGCACUCAGCCUGAACCACAACCACGCGGUGGUGCAUGGCAACCUGGCAUGCGUCUACUAUGAGCAGGGUCUCAUUGAUCUGGCCAUUGACACUUAUCGCCGCGCAAUUGAACUGCAGCCGAACUUCCCCGACGCCUACUGCAACUUGGCCAAUGCGCUCAAGGAGAAGGGAAAUAUUGCGGAGGCCGAAGAAUGCUACAACACAGCGCUGCACCUUUGUCCAAACCAUGCGGACUCCCUGAACAACCUGGCCAACAUAAAGCGAGAGCAAGGCAACAUAGAGGAGGCCGUACGCCUCUACCGCAAGGCCCUGGAGGUGUUUCCAGAGUUUGCGGCCGCACAUUCGAACCUGGCAAGUGUGCUGCAGCAGCAGGGAAAGCUCCAGGAUGCACUCCUCCAUUACAAGGAGGCCAUCCGGAUCAGCCCAACUUUUGCCGACGCCUAUUCCAACAUGGGCAACACCCUGAAGGAGAUGCAGGACGUGCAGGGGGCGCUGCAGUGCUACACGCGCGCCAUACAGAUCAACCCUGCCUUCGCAGAUGCACACAGCAACCUCGCCUCCAUCCACAAGGAUUCUGGAAAUAUUCCUGAAGCUAUCUCAUCAUACAGAACUGCAUUGAAGUUGAAGCCAGACUUUCCAGAUGCCUAUUGCAAUCUUGCGCACUGCCUGCAGAUUAUUUGCGACUGGACGGACUAUGACGAGCGCAUGAAGAAGCUCGUGCAGAUAGUGGCAGAGCAGCUGGAGAAGAACCGCCUCCCGUCGGUGCACCCCCACCACAGCAUGCUGUAUCCCCUCUCGCACGCUUUCCGCAGGGCCAUCGCUGAGCGACAUGGCAACCUCUGCCUCGACAAGAUUAAUGUACUUCACAAGCCGCCCUUUGAGCACAUUAAGGAUCUGAAGACAAGUAAUGGACGCCUGAGGAUCGGCUACGUGAGCUCCGACUUUGGCAACCACCCCACCUCGCACCUUAUGCAGUCCAUCCCUGGCAUGCACAACAAGGACAAGGUUGAGGUGUUUUGCUAUGCAUUGAGCCCAGAUGAUGGAACAAACUUCCGCUCCAAAGUUGUGUCUGAGGCUCAACACUUUGUUGAUCUCUCACAGAUCCCCUGCAAUGGGAAGGCUGCAGACCGGAUCCACCAGGAUGGAAUCCACAUCCUGGUGAACAUGAACGGCUACACCAAGGGGGCAAGAAACGAGCUGUUUGCUCUGCGCCCUGCACCUGUGCAGUGCAUGUGGCUGGGUUACCCAGGAACCAGUGGCGCUGCCUUCAUGGACUACAUCGUGACGGACAAAGUAACGUCACCAAUAGAGCUCUCCUCGCAGUAUUCCGAGAAGCUGGCGUAUAUGCCCAACACCUUCUUCAUUGGCGACCACAUGAACAUGUUCCCACAUCUCAAGGAGAAGGCAGUGAUUGACCUGAAGGCAAAUGGCCUCGUCUAUGACAACCGUGUGGUUCUCAACAGCAUUGACAUGCAGGCCUUCCUUGAUGCCUUGGGCGAUGGUGUCAAGGUCAUGAAGAUUAAAUAUCAGGAGGGUGGCGAUGAUGACCAGGAGAAUACCAUCGCUCUGCCCGUGGUUCCCAUGAACACAGCGGCUGAGGCAAUUAUUACCAUGAUAAAUAGAGGGCAGGUGCAGGUCAGCAUCAACAACUUCGUUGUCACCAAUGGGCUGGCGACAACACAGAUCAACAACAAAGCAGCGACAGGUGAGGAGGUGCCACGCAGCAUCUUGGUGACCACGCGAUCACAGUAUGGACUUCCGGAGGACUCUAUCGUGUACUGCAACUUUAACCAGCUGUACAAGAUUGACCCAGCCACUCUUCAGAUGUGGGUUAAUAUCCUGAAGCGCGUGCCCAACAGCAUUUUGUGGCUGCUGCGCUUUCCGGCAGUGGGUGAGCCCAACAUCUCGGCGUGCGCGCAGAGUUUGGGCCUGGCAGCGAACCGCGUUGUGUUUUCGCCAGUUGCACCCAAGGAGGAGCAUGUGCGGCGCGGGCAACUGGCCGACGUGUGCUUGGAUACGCCGCUCUGCAACGGUCACACCACCGGCAUGGACGUGCUGUGGGCUGGCACGCCCAUGGUCACCCUACCCGCUGAGACACUUGCGUCACGUGUGGCGACUGCACAGCUGACCACCCUGGGUUGCCCCGAACUGGUUGCCAAGAACAGACAGGACUACGAGGAGAUUGCCGUGAGGCUCGGCACUGAUGCUGAGUACCUCAAAAAGAUCCGCGCCAAGGUGUGGCGCCAAAGGCUGGGCAGCCCUCUCUUCAACAACAAGCUGUAUGGGGGAGAUCUGGAGCGUCUCUACUAUCGCAUGUGGGAGCACUUCGUGGCUGGCAACAAACCGGAGCACCUCACAGCCCCCUUUGAUUAGAGAAGACAGACAGAAGGCUGUGUACAGAAUACUUAUUUUCAAUUAAGCUGCAGUUUGUUUUGGGUCGUUAUUGUAGAUCAAAUUCAUGUUUUUGUUACGUUUCAUUGCUCGUGCACAAAAUGUGGCAUUUGACCUAGGAAGCACAGUCGCCUCUGCUGAUCUGCCUCUGCCAGUACAUGAUCGAAGAUUGUUUUGGAUUAAGAGUUUCCAAUUGGCUAAAUUGGGUUAUUGAUGUAAUAAUCAUUUAAUUUAUAAGUUGAUAUUUAAUGCACAAACUUUGAUGUAAAACAUUAAAGAUUAAAGUUUGUGGCUUUUAUUAAGAGUCAAAUGCUUCUGGAAAAUGUGGACACCAGAAGAUUCCCUCUCAAUUUUUAUCUGAAAAAAUGGCGAUGCAAGUUGUAUACAUGUACAUUUCCUAUUACUCGUGUAAAAAAAAUUGCUUUUGAAAAUCGGCCUAAAUUGAGGGAACUGUGCUUCCAUUAUUUUGGUAAGAGAAACUAGCCAAUGUUAUUUACUGUUGUUUAAUUGUACCAUUUCCAAAGUAAUUUUAAAACAAACUCAGUGUUGCUACUAUACGUGAGCUGAUAAAGUUGUGGAUCUUUGUGAUUUCCUCAUGUUUUAUAUGGUGAUUUAGUUUCUCCAAAAUGCAGCAAUAUUACAAAGUUGUCAGCCUCUUGUGCUAUGACCCAAUGUCCAUAUGAUUGUUUAAUUUUCCAGUUAUUGAAUGCCUGGUUUUCUGUGACCUGCUGAAAUUGGUGUGGUGUUUCCCAAUGACAGGCUAUUUGCAGUUGUGUACAUUGAAUGGAUUUUUCAAGAUGGUUCUAUCAUGAGUGUGCAGUCAUGUGUCUAACUGCCAUUGGAAGUUGUAGGAGUUUAUAUUGUGAUUGGAUGAAAGGUAAAAGGAGUUUGUUUUAAGCAUAUACAGUAGUUCGAUUUUGUAUUCUCGGUUAAACUGGAGGCAAGUGCAACGUUAAGUUUCUUCAGGUGAUGCAAUUUAUCUGCAUUUGUGGUUUGUGAUGCAAAUACAUUUUUCAUUAAGGCUUUGGCUUCUGUAGUGUUCAACAUCCUCAUGUUGCCUACAAAAUGUGAGCUUUUGGUUUUCAAAAUAUGUAGCGGUGUGCUGCUGUACAAUUGGGUACUUGGCAGAAUUCAUCUUCAGUUUGUGAAACAAUGCUAUAUUGUAAUUAACCCAUACUUAAUAAACCAUUAUGAUCUG